AUGCUUUUAAGACUUCCUACAUAGAUCCAACUGAUGAUCUAAUAAUCUCAUAAAGAAAUGGAUUAAAUAUGUAUAUAAACUUAAACAAUAUAUAUAUAGUGUAUAAGAUUAAGAGCUUUAUGAUUAUUUUUGUUAAUUUUGUGAUAGUUAUGUAAGUGGUACAACUAAACAUUGCAAAGUUUGCGAAAGGUAAAUAUACAUUAAAAUAUUUAGAUGUGUAUCAGACUUUGAUCAUCAUUGUAAAUGGUUAAACAAUUGCAUAGGAAAAAAGAAUUAUUAAGAAUUCUUUAAAUUAUUAGUUUUUGUAUCUCUAUUUGGAAUUACCUUUAUUAUUUUUGCUAUUUUUUCCUUCUUUUUUGAAUCUCCUUAAAUGAUGAUAUGGAUUUGGAUUAAUGUGGGUUUAGUUAGUAUUCUGUUUUUACUUAAUUUCAAUUUAAUGAUUUUUCAUUUUUGGUUAAAAUUUAAAGGAAUAACAACUUAUGCAUGGAUAAUGUAAAAUCGAUAACGAAAUUUUUAAUAAUAACAAGUUUAAAUUGAAACACCUCCAAGAUUUUGGUAAGAUUUCUUUUUUAUCUAAUAUAAUUAGUUGUGGUUCAAAAAAAUUGAGAAAAACUUAAGUAAAUCCAAGGAUAGAUGAAGAGGAUGAUGAAAAUAAAUAAUAAAAUAUAGAAGUUAAAUAAAAUGAUUAAUAAAGUCAAAUAAAAUAAUAAAAUGUGGAAAUUGAAGGGGAUUCUGAUUCAAUUCCAGAUAAAAAUUCAAAAAGGAAAUGUAGUUCUCAUACUAUAAAUCCAUAAAUUAAUAGUUAAUUAUAGGAUUGA